CCGCGGGGCGCGCCUGUCAGCGGGGCGGCGGGAUGGCGGCGCUGUACGCCUGCACCAAGUGCCACCAGCGCUUCCCCUUCGAGGCGCUCAGCCAGGGCCAGCAGCUCUGCAAGGAGUGCCGGAUUGCACAUCCCAUUGUUAAAUGCACUUACUGCAGGACUGAAUUCCAGCAGGAAAGCAAAACCAACACAAUAUGCAAGAAAUGUGCUCAGAAUGUGAAGCUUUAUGGCACACCAAAGCCCUGCCAGUACUGCAACAUUAUAGCAGCAUUUAUUGGAAACAAGUGUCAGCGCUGCACAAACUCGGAGAAGAAGUAUGGACCCCCCCACUCCUGUGAGCAGUGCAAGCAGCAGUGUGCAUUUGACAGGAAGGAUGAUCGAAAGAAGGUGGAUGGAAAGCUGCUGUGCUGGUUGUGCACACUGUCCUACAAACGGGUCCUGCAGAAGACCAAAGAGCAGUGCAAACACCUGAGCAGCUCCUCCCGGGCCAGCCUGCAGGAGAAGGAGCAGUACAGCAGGCUCAGCAGUGGCAGCCACUACAACAGCCAGAAAACCUUAUCCACCUCUUCUAUUCAGAAUGAAAUCCCAAAGAAGAAAGCCAAGUUUGAUGCCAUCUCUGCCAAUGGUGACAGCGUUCCUUCCUCUCCCGAGAUGCUUUGUCCCCCUAUCCAGAGUGCCCCGUCCACGCUGGCGCCCUGGGCUGCUUCCCACCAUUGUCCUGUUUCUCAAGGCACUGACAUCCUGAAUUUUUCUCCAGACCUGGCCCUGGACUCUCCUGGCACCGACCACUUUGUUAUCAUUGCCCAGCUGAAGGAGGAAGUGGCUACUUUAAAAAAGAUGCUGCACCAGAAGGAUCAGAUGAUUUUGGAGAAGGAGAAGAAGAUCACAGAGCUGAAAGCUGACCUGCAAUACCAGGAGUCACAGAUGAGGGCAAAGAUGAACCAGAUGGAGAAGACUCACAAGGAGGUCAUGGAGCAGUUACAGGACAGGGGAGUCAAGGUCCCCCAGCAGCUGGGGAGGGGUCCCAGCACCUUCAUCCCCCUGGAAGAGACAACCCAGCUGGGCUGUGUGGGGACCAGCAUGAAGAGCCCUGGUCACCCCCUGCCCCCCGGGGCUGGCAGUGGGGACACGGGCAGCAGGGGACACCGGAGGUGUCCGUUCCUGGCAGGGAGGAGGUUGAGCAGCUCUGAUGGGAUCCUGCAGGAGGGUGCAGAGAGCAGCCGCCGCCGCGUCCUCAUCGAGGCCUUCGUCUCGGGGGGAAGAGUGGACAACAUCACCACGGUGAUGGGGCUGCACCCCCAGUAUCUCAGCAGCUUCUGGAAGACCCAGUCCCUCCUGCUGCGCAUGGACGGGCCCCUGCCCUACCACAAGCGUCACUACAUCGCCAUCAUGGCAGCAGCUCGGCACCAGUGCUCCUACCUGGUGGGCUGGCACAUGAGGGAGUUCCUGCAGGUGGGGGGCAACCCAGCAUGGCUGCAGGGGCUCCACUGUGCCCCCCGAAAACUCAGGAACCUCAAUGAGAUCAACAAACUGCUGGCGCACCGGCCCUGGCUCAUCACCAAGGAGCACAUCGAGGCUCUGCUGAAGACAGGGGAGGACAGCUGGUCGCUGGCAGAGCUGGUGCAGGCCCUGGUGCUCCUCACCCACUAUCACUCCCUCGCCUCCUUCGUCUUCGGCUGCGGCAUCAGCCCCGAGCAGGAGCAGGAGGGGGGGCAGGGCUGCCGGGCCCCCUCGCCCCCCACUGACAACAGCCCUGCCCCCAACUACAGCGUGGGGGACUCGGGGGUCAAGGACGCCAUGCAGGAGGUGGAGGUGCUGAUGGAGAAGAUGAAGCUGCUGCAGGAAAGUCAGCUGGAGGAGGAGGGGGUCACGCAGGAGGAGAUGGAGACGCGCUUCGAGAUGGAGAAGACAGAGAGUUUGCUGGUGGCACCCUCGGAUGUUACGGAUCAUUCCCUGCGAUCCAACGUUCUCUGCUUCGUGGAGGACCCCGAGUUUGGCUACAAGGACUUCACACGGAGGGGUGAGCAGGCACCCCCCACUUUCCGUGCCCAGGAUUAUACCUGGGAGGACCACGGCUACUCACUGAUCAACCGCCUCUACCCUGACGUGGGGCAGCUCCUGGACGAGAAGUUCCAGGUUGUCUACAACCUGACCUACAACACCAUCGCCAUGCACUGCGGGGUGGACACCUCCAUGCUGCGCAGGGCCAUCUGGAACUAUGUCCACUGUGUCUUUGGCAUCCGCUACGAUGACUAUGACUAUGGGGAGGUGAACCAGCUCCUGGAGCGCAGCCUGAAGAUCUACAUCAAGACGGUGGCUUGCUACCCGGAGAAGACCACCAAGCGGAUGUACACCCAGUUCUGGAGACACUUCAAACACUCAGAGAAGGUGCACGUCAACCUGCUCCUGCUGGAGGCUCGGAUGCAGGCGGCUCUGCUCUACGCCCUGCGAGCUGUCACCCGCUACAUGACCUGACCAGCCCCUGCUCCCUCCUCCUCCUCCUCCUGCUCCAGGUUUGGGGGGAGUUGGGACCCUUAAAGACGUCGCUGGAAAUAUUGUCUCCUUCCCCUGAAGGGGCCUGGAGUUGUGGAAAGAACCAGGGGUUUCCCUGCCCCUCGUCCCAGGAGAGGGGACCCCCAUGAAGCCAUCAGUGGUGGGAAGACCCCAGAGUGCAGAGCUUGGGGGGGGGGUGCUUGAAUGCUCUGUGACAUUUGUUUUUUGGGGGGGGUGUGAGCCCAAACGGGGUGUCUGUGAGUGCAGCACUGGGGUGACACCUCAGUGCCACGUGCUGGUGCCCAGGCUGAUGCCACAGAGGACUGUCUUCGUGCCAGAGAUCUCCAGAGGGUAUGAUGGGCUUGGUGUCUCCUCCUUGGGACUUGUGCUGGAAGAUGUGUGUCCACCCCCCCAUGUUGGGAUCUGUGUGGCUGGGGGAGGGGGUGGGUUUGGCUUCUCCUUGCCCUGGUCUGGGUGUUUCUGCUGCCUUCAGUGCCUGCUGGGACAUGGGGAUGUCCCCUCCAGCCCCUCCCUGCUCCCUGUGGACCCCAACUCCCAGGUGGGGAGUUAAGCUCUGCCCCAUCGUCCCCACAACUGGGGACAUGAGGUGCCUCUUCCCCAGGGCAGGAGCAGGAUGGGGCUGCAGGUGGAUUUUCCACCUUGUUUUUGCUUCCUUUCCCACUGUGCUUCCCUCCUGCCUGCUUGGGGGGGG